UGGAAAACGUGGUGAUGCGAUCGAUCGAUGCGGACUGACUCCAUCAAAAUUUUCUCUCAUCUUCCUUCAUCUUCCUUGCUCUCCUCCGCUUCGCCUCCCUCAGCUUCAUCAUGUCCUCCGUUGGCACUCUCUGGACUAUUCCCGCCCAAAACACCGGCAAGCUUAUCCAAGCCGUUGCAGCCUUUGGUGGUGUAGCUAUCGAGCUCCCCGCGAGCUACACCCACUUCGAAGAUAACAAGAAGCCUGAGUUUCUCGCCAAGUUCCCUCACGGUAAGAUCCCUGCUUGGGAGGGAAAGGAUGGCUUCCAUCUGUUCGAAUCGGCUGCGAUUGCCCGCUACAUUGCCACUCUCGCUCCGAACUCUGGGCUCCUGGGAAAGAGCAGCGAAGACGCGGCGCUGAUUGACCAGUGGGUCCACUUGGCGGAGUCUGAGGUCGACGCAUACACCAAUCUCAUCAAAGGAUUGGUCGCCGGUCGUCUUGCUCCCUACAGCAAGCCGAUUCACAACACUUUCCUCGAGCGCCAGCUCCGUGGUCUCUAUACCCUCGAGAAGCACAUCGCCAGCCGCACCUUCUUCGUCGGCGAACGCAUCACCCUUGCUGAUAUCUACAUCGCGGGUAUCGUCCAGCACGCCGCCAUCUCCAACAUCGACACCGCCGAGCGCGCCAAGAUCCCCAACUUGAUUCGCCACAUGCAGACCGUGCUCCACCAGCCUGCGUUCUCAGGCAUCUUCGUCGAGACGCCGGUGCUUGACAAGGCCCCGACGUUCGUUGCGCCGAAAAAGGAGAAGGAGGCCAAGCCUGCUCCCCCACCCGCUGCGCCCAAGGCUGAGAAGAAGCCCAAGCCCAAGGCCGAGGAGGAGGAGGAUGACGAUAUCCCUGCCGAGCCCAAGGUCAAGAACCCGCUCGACGACCUCCCCAAGUCGACGUUCAACCUCGAGGACUGGAAGCGUGCGUACUCCAACAAGGAGACCCGCGGUCCCGGCGGUGCCAUCGAAUGGUUCUACGAGAAGUACGUGGCCGUUCUCCGAUGACCGGAUGGAUGCAAGCCGCUGACCCGCAUGCCAGCUUCGAUAAGGAGGGCUUCUCCAUCUGGCGUGUGGACUUCAAGUACCCCGAGGAGCUCACGCAGACUUUUAUGUCCUCGAACCAGAUCACCGGUUUCUUCAACCGUCUCGAGGCGUCGCGCAAGUACCUGUUCGGCUCCGUCGGUGUGCUCGGCACGGCCAACAACUCCCUGAUCGCGGGCACCUUCAUCCUGCGGGGCCCGGACGCGACCCCGGUCGUCAAUGUCGCGCCCGACUGGGAGUCGUACGAGUUCAAGAAGCUCGACAUCGCCAACGCGGACGACAAGGCCUUCUUCGAGGCUGCGCUCGCGUGGGAUCUCACGAUCGACGGCAAGACCUGGGCCGAUGGCAAGAACGUACGUUGCGCUCUGUCUGCCGCGCCAGAAUUCGUCGCUGAUCCGUUCGUCUGCAGUUCAAGUAAUCGCCUG